CGGGGAAGCGGAGCGCGAUUCUCUUCUUGAGACGGAAGCAAAACGAGAGAGAGAGAGAGAGAGAGAGGGAGAGAGAGAGGCCGAGACUGCGGGAGGACGAGAUGGCCGACGGGGAGGACGCCGCCGCCACGCGCCGCCGGUCCGCCAUCACCGACUACAGGAAGAAGUUGCUCAACUGCAGGGAGCUCGAGUCGCGCGUCGGCACCGUGAGGGAAAGCCUAAAAAAUGCGAAGAAGGACUUCGCCAAGACUGAAGACGACUUGAAAUCGCUGCAAAGCGUGGGUCAAAUAAUUGGAGAGGUCCUCCGGCCUCUUGAUAAUGAACGUUUCAUUGUGAAGGCCAGCAGUGGUCCCCGGUAUGUGGUUGGUUGCCGAAGUAAAGUGGACAAGGAGAAGUUGACUUCUGGAACUCGUGUUGUACUUGACAUGACGACCUUGACAAUAAUGCGCACUCUACCACGGGAGGUUGAUCCUGUGGUAUACAACAUGCUUCAUGAAGACCCAGGAAAUGUCAGUUACUCUGCUGUAGGUGGUUUGUCUGAUCAGAUUAGAGAACUCAGGGAGUCCAUUGAGUUACCGCUUAUGAACCCUGAACUCUUUCUUCGGGUGGGAAUUAAGCCUCCUAAGGGUGUUCUACUCUACGGUCCUCCAGGGACCGGGAAGACACUAUUGGCGAGGGCUAUUGCCAGUAACAUCGAUGCCAACUUUUUGAAGAUUGUUUCAAGUGCUAUUAUUGACAAGUACAUUGGAGAAAGUGCUCGUUUGAUUAGAGAAAUGUUUGGCUAUGCACGUGAUCACCAACCAUGCAUCAUCUUCAUGGAUGAAAUUGAUGCCAUUGGUGGGCGAAGAUUUAGUGAGGGAACUAGUGCUGAUCGUGAGAUCCAGCGGACGUUGAUGGAGCUCCUUAACCAGCUAGACGGAUUUGAUGAGCUUGGGAAGGUUAAGAUGAUCAUGGCUACGAACCGACCUGAUGUUCUGGACCCGGCACUCCUGCGUCCUGGACGUUUAGACAGGAAGAUUGAGAUUCCACUACCCAAUGAGCAGGCAAGAAUGGAGGUUCUUAAAAUUCAUGCUGCUGGUAUUGCCAAACAUGGGGAAAUUGAUUACGAAGCUGUCGUGAAACUUGCAGAAGGUUUCAACGGGGCUGAUCUUCGGAAUGUCUGCACCGAAGCUGGUAUGGCUGCAAUUCGGGCAGAAAGGGACUAUGUGGUCCAUGAAGACUUCAUGAAGGCUGUGCGCAAGCUAAAUGAUGCAAAGAAGCUGGAAUCGAGUGCGCACUACAGCGCAGACUUCGGGAAAGAGUAGUAACGUGCGAUCUUGCUACAAAUGCAUAUGCUGUGUAUCACUGGGGAGCUUAGCCAUCACCAUGCGAAAGCAAGAAAGAAAUUGGCUAUUUAUGUUCAGGCUCCUGCACACUCCUCUUUUUCUGAUAUUCACAAUCAUAGUGAGGAGGAUUGUCAAGCUGACCACUGGGAGAAACCAUUCGAGAAUUUACUAAUUUUGAACCAGUUGCUCUUUGCUUCAGUGAUCAUCAUACGUUGUCAGCUUCCCUGUGUAUUAGUCUGGAAACUCUGGUUCGGGCUCUUUCAUUUCCAUCAUUCCAUGUACUUCGACAGUGUGCUUGCCUGCUCGGUAACAGAGUAAGAAAAAAGAGGCUAGUUUGUGUUCA